AUGGCCACAGAGCAGGCGAGGGGCCAUGCAGGCUCAGACUUGGCCUCCCGCCCCCAGGAACGCCCUGCAGGGGUAGUGGCUCCCAGGGGUGGUGCUGAGGGGCCGUCCUCAACCAAGAGGAGAAGCAAGAAGGAGAUGAAGCAUCAAGGAUCCCGAAAGGGCACGGGCCGCUCUGGGGAGCAGACCCCUGUCCAGAGAACUGAGAGCCUGGGCAGCAGCAGGACACCCACCAGGACUGGGGAGGGGCGGGAGGAGGCACCCCCUGUAGCCCCCAGGACGGCAUCUUCUCGUCGCCAGUCCCACCGGCACCGUCCUGACCCUCAACAAGAAGCUGCCCAGAGGAUGUAUGGGCCCCUGCUCGACCAGGUCUUUGGGAAGGACCGUGAGCUGGGCCCGGAGGAGCUGGAUGAGCUGCAGGUGGCCUUCCAGGAGUUUGACACUGACCAGGACGGCUACAUCGGCUACCGGGACCUGGGCGCUUGCAUGCGGACGCUGGGCUACAUGCCCACAGAGAUGGAGCUCAUUGAGAUCUCGCAGCACGUCAAGAUACGUAUGGGUGGCUGCGUGGACUUCGAGGAGUUCGUGGAACUGAUGGGCCCGAAGCUGCGGGAGGAGACCGCGCAUAUGUUGGGGGUGCGGGAGCUGCGCGUCGCCUUCCAAGAGUUCGACAAGGACAGGGAUGGACGGAUCACGGUGGCGGAGCUGCGGGAGGCAAUGCCGGCUCUGCUGGGGGAGCCGCUGGCGGGAGCCGAGUUGGACGAGGUGCUCCGCGAGGUGGACCUCAAUGGGGACGGAACCGUGGACUUUGACGAGUUCCUGUUGAUGCUCAACACCCACUGA